CGCCGCCGCCGGAAGUUCGGGCUCUGUGAUGGCGGCGCUCGGCUGGGAGCUGAGGUGGUCGGCGGCGGCCGGGCAUGAGCGAUGACCCGACUCCUGGGCGUGGUGCACAGAGUGGCUUUGGCCAUUGUGGGCUGCAGUAGCCCGAGCUGCCGCAGUCUUGCCAUGUUCUAUGCCGUGAAGAGGGGCCGCAAGGCCGGAGUCUUCCUGACCUGGGAUGAAUGCAGAGCACAGGUGGACCGGUUUCCUGCAGCCAGAUUUAAGAAGUUUGCCACAGAGGAGGAAGCCUGGGCCUUUGUCAGAAGGUCUGCAAGUCCCAGUGAUUCAGGAGGGCAAAAAACUAAACAAGUAGAAGAACCACAAGUGAAAGCAAGCAAGCGACUCCGUGAGCCCUUGGAUGAGGGUGAAAAGGCAGAGCCGUGUGCAAAGCACGUGAGACAGAGCACAGAGCCACCACCUCCAGUCAGCAAAGACACCUUUUCUUACAUGGGGGACUCUGUGGUCGUCUACACCGACGGCUGCUGCUCCAGUAACGGGCGCAAGAGGGCCCGAGCAGGAAUCGGCGUUUACUGGGGGCCGGGCCAUCCUCUAAAUGUAGGAAUUAGACUUCCUGGGCGACAAACAAACCAAAGAGCAGAGAUUCAUUGUCGAAAGUUGGAUGGUCUUUUCAGCAUGAAACUGGUGUGUUUCUUCAAGGCAGCCUGCAAAGCCAUCGAGCAAGCUAAGGCUCAGGACAUCACUAAGCUGGUUCUCUGCACGGACAGUAUGUUUACCAUUAACGGCAUCACCACCUGGGUGAAGGGCUGGAAGCAGAAUGGCUGGAGGACCAGCACUGGGAAGGAGGUGACCAACAAGGAGGACUUCGCGGAGCUGGAGCGGCUGGCUCGGGGCAUGGACAUUCAGUGGAUGCAUGUUCCUGGCCAUUCGGGAUUCAGAGGCAACGAAGAGGCGGACAGAUUGGCGCGAGAAGGCGCGAAGCAGCCCGCAGACUGAGCAGGUGCUGCAGCUCCUGGAAACCCUAAGCCGUGGCCCCUGUCCCCUUUACUUUCCGGAGUGAAGAAUAAAGCUACAGGCUGGGCCCCACCGUCUGUGGGCAGACCCGCCUUUCAGACUGAACCCAGAAGGCGGGCUGGCGGUCUGUGGUGUGUGCAGCAAAGCCGGUUGGAUGGUUCAUAAACUGAACAUCCGUUCAGAUUUGAGAAUUUUGUGAGAUCUUAGCAUUAUGCUUUAUCGGGCUUGAUACUGUUCUCAUUAGCUGUAUUGCAGUUUGGACAAAAAUGUCAGGGCCUUGGUUUCACAAGGACAAGGUCAUCACGGGUUUAAAAACGCAGGCGAGAAGUCUAGGUGUUUUCUGAAAGCGUUCAUUUGCCUUCCAGUCGGCAGGAUGGAGUCAGGACUCUCAGGUGGACCUGUGCCUUCGUGGGGUUGGAGGAAGGUGCAGCCCCCCCCACCCAGGACCCAGGACCCAUGCCCAGCCAAGGGGACGUGGCUGCGCCUGGUGAGCACGAGGGGGGCCGCCUGCUCCCGUGGUCCCGGCUGCGUGCCCGCCAGGUAGCAGCGGUCACGGCAUCUGAAGACUGCGGUUGUAGAUGAAUGCUGUAAAAGUGUCUUUGGUUAUUUUUGUUAAAAGCACCUUGAAAAUGAAAAACUUUAACGUUUUUUUCUUCUAUUACAAAUUUUGUCAUAAAAGCAUGCAGAAAAUGAUACAAAAUAAACGGACAGCUUAUUGAA